AUGGCUGAUAAGGCCGUCAACGGGAGUGUUGAGAAGGAUCCUAGCGUAAAGAGUGUGCAAAUCGGUGAAAUUCCAGACUAUUGUAAUUCGUCAGGCUCUUCUGUCGACGAGCUGGUUAAUGGGGUUUGCUCUCGUGUGUCACCUUCUCCUCCUGCAUCACGCCGUCGUUUGCGCACAAUGAGCGGCUCCAAAUCUGAGCACCACUUACUGACCACUAAGUCUGGCAGGAAAAUCUACACUAAAGGAAGACCGCCUUGGUAUGACAAAUUUGGAAACACUUUCAAACAACCUUACGUUAUCGGUAUUUGUGGAGGUUCCGCUAGCGGCAAAACGACGGUAGCGGAGAAAAUAAUAGAAAAACUAGAGAUUCCUUGGGUUACAAUUCUGAGUAUGGAUAGUUUCUACAAGGUUCUGAGUGAAGAGGAACAUAUCUUGGCCGAACAGUCUAAUUAUAAUUUCGACCAUCCUAAUGCCUUUGAUUUCGAUCUCUUGCAUGAGGUACUAACGAGGCUGCGUGAAGGAAAAAAUUGUGAAGUUCCUGUGUACGACUUCACUACCCAUGCCCGAGACAACAACCCGAAAAUGAUGUACGGCGCAGACGUGUUGAUUUUCGAAGGGAUUCUAGCUUUCCAUCGUCCUGAUAUUACCGAAAUGAUGGAUAUGAAAGUGUUUGUGGACACAGACGGAGAUGUACGUUUGGCUCGUCGUUUAAAUCGUGACAUCAAUGAACGAGGUCGCGACACCAUCGGUGUUCUCGAUCAGUAUUUCCGGUUUGUCAAGCCAGCGUUUGAGGCAUAUAUCGCACCAGGAAUGAAGGUUGCCGACAUCAUCGUCCCGAGAGGCGGAGACAAUGAUGUGGCAAUCAAUUUGAUUGCGAAACAAGUGAAAACUCAGCUCAUCAAGAGAGGGUAUGACCAAACCGCUGCGUCUCAAUGUCGUCAUGACUUAGUGAAUAUGAACCAGAUUCCAGAUCACUUACCUGAUAGCCUAACAAUAAUUAGGGAAACUCCGCAAGUCCGGGGCCUUCACACGUUCAUCCGAAACAAAAAUACCAAACGCGAUGAAUUAAUUUUCUACUCUGAACGACUUACACGAAUUCUUGUCGAGGAAGCCAUGAAUUUCAUGCCUUAUAAGGAUGUCGAAAUCGAACUAAAUAACGGACAGAAAGUUAUGGGACGUCGACAGUCGGCUAAGAUAUGUGGAAUUGCUAUUAUGAGGGCUGGUGAAACUAUGGAGAACUCGCUCCGUGCUGUUGUAAAGGACUGCAAGAUGGGUAAAAUUCUCAUACAAACGAACGACAAAACGAUGGAACCCGAAUUGUACUACCUUCGUCUCCCGAAAGAUAUUGAUAAAUAUAAAGUAAUGCUUCUAGAUGCCACGGUAGCUACUGGUGCGGCAGCCAUGAUGGCAAUUCGAAUACUUUUGGACCACGAUGUACCUGAAGAGAACAUUUAUGUGUUAUCUUUGCUCAUGUCUGAACCGGGAGUGCACGCUCUCGCUUAUGCUUUCCCAAAGGUCCGUCUGAUAACAACAGCUGUUGAUAGUCAACUUUCGGACAAUUUUUAUGUAUUGCCUGGAAUGGGAAAUUUCGGCGACCGCUACUAUGUCGAAAAUGAGCCGCACUGUGUUGUGACAUGGAGAAAACCUCUUUGCGAAUACCGAAUAGGAAAAGAUAAAUUUCCAUCAGGAGUGGGAAAAACAAGGUUUAUUACGAAAAUGAUGAAUAUUUUGAGCGGAAUGAUGGGCAUGGGAGGUGGAUAUGGUGGUCGGUACAGCUGUGUGAUGAGGGCGUACUCUGCCGCAUUUUUUGAAGCAGAUUCAGUCAAGGUUAUGGAACUCAAUCACGGUGGAAAGAUUUUACUCCCAAACUCGACCUUAGAUUAUUUGAUUCGGUAUAAUGUGCCCUAUCCUAUGCUUUUCAAGGUUUCCUCUACUAGUGAAACACCUCGAGCUACAAACUGCGGUGUUCUGGAAUUCUCUGCUCCUGAGGGCAAAUGCUAUUUACCACAAUGGGUGAGCCUUUUAUAA